CAGAGGACUCACACAGGAGAGAAACCCUUUGAAUGUCCUGAUUGCGGGAAAAGUUUCAGUUGGCAUUCCAGCCUGGUGAUACACCAAAGGACUCACACAGGAGAGAAACCCUUUGAGUGUCCUGAUUGCGGGAAAAGUUUCAGGCAGAGUUCCCACCUGGUGACACACCAGAGGACUCACACAGGAGAGAAACCCAUAGAAUGUCCUGAUUGUGGGAAAAAUUUCUGUGAUAAUUCUAGCCUGGUGAUCCACCAAAGGACUCAUACAGGAGAGAAGCCCUUUGAAUGUCCUGAUUGCGGGAAAAGUUUCCGUAACAGUUCCAACCUGGUGACACACCAGAGGAGUCACACAGGAGAGAAACCCUUUGAAUGUCCUGAUUGUGUGAAAAGUUUCAGCUUUCAUUCCAGCCUGGUGAUACACCAAAGGACUCACACAGGAGAGAAACCCUUUGAGUGUCCUGAUUGCGGGAAAAGUUUCAGUCACAGUUCCAGCCUAGUGACACACCAGAGGACUCACUCAGGAGAGAAACCCUUUGAAUGUCCUGAUUGCGGGAAAAGUUUCCGUCAGAGUUCCAACCUGGUGACACACCAGAGGACUCACACAGGAGAGAAACCCUUUGAAUGUCCUGAUUGUGCGAAAAGUUUCAGUUUUCAUUCCAGCCUGUUGAAACACCAGGGGACUCACACAGGAAAGAAACCCUUUGGGUGUCCUGAUUGCGGGAAAAGUUUCUGUGAUAAUUCCAGCCUGGUGGUACACCAGAGGACGCACACAGGGGAGAAGCCCUUUGAAUGUCCUGAUUGUGGGAAAAGUUUCCGUCACAGUUCCAACCUAGUGACACACCAGAGGAGUCACACAGGAGAGAAACCCUUUGAAUGUCCUGAUUGUGGGAAAUGUUUCUGUGAUAAUUCCAGUCUGGUGAGACACCAGAGAACUCACACAGUUUUCCCAGUGAUGGAGAGUGGCUUCCUCUCCAUCCGCACCUUUGCAGCUCCGGGCACUGGGGGAUUGUCUGGAUGGCCUCGCCUGACCGACCGGUCCUGCCCUCUGCCCUCACCCAACGGCUUCACCAUGUGCCAGUUCCAGCAUGCCGGCCAGAUCGAACAUGGGAGGACUCACACAGGAGAGAAACCCUUUGAAUGUCCUGAUUGUGGAAAAUGUUUCUGUGAUAAUUCCAGUCUGGUGAGACACCAAAGAACUCAUACAGGAGAGAAGCCCUUUCAAUGUCCUGAUUGCAAGAAAUGUUUUAGUCGGAGUUCCAGCCUGGUGAUACAUCAGAGAACUCACACAGGAGAGAAACCCUUUCAGUGUCCUGAUUGUGGGAAAAGUUUCAGUUUUCAUUCCAGCCUGGUGAGACACCAGAGGACUCACACAGGCGAGAAGCCUUUUGAAUGUUGUGAUUGUGGGCAAACUUUCAGUCUGCGUUCCCGCCUGAUCCUGUUGUCACAUCAGAGGACUCACACAGGAGAGAAACCCUUUGAAUGUCCUGAUUGUGGGAAAAGUUUCAGUUUGAAUUCCAGCCUGAUGAGACACCAGAGGACUCACACAGGAGAGAAACCCUUUGAAUGUCCUGAUUGUGGGAAAAGUUUCAGUCAGAAUUCCAGCCUAGUGACACACCAGAGGACUCACACAGGAGAGAAACCCUUUCAAUGUCCUCAUUGCGGGAAAAGUUUCUGUGAUAAUUCCAGCCUGGUGAAACACCAGAGGACUCACACAGGAGAAAAACCGUUUGAAUGUUCUGAUUGCGGGAAAAGUUUCUAUGAUAAUUCCAGCCUGGUAACACACCAGAGGACUCACACAGGAGAGAAGCCCUUUGAAUGUCCUGAUUGUGGGAAAAGUUUCAGUUUGCAUUCCAACCUGAUGAGACACCAGAGGAUUCACACAGGAGAAAAACCCUUUGAAUGUCCUGAUUGUGAUAAAAGUUUCAGAUCGAAUUCCAACCUGGUGAUACACCAGAGGACUCACACAGGAGAAAAACCCUUUGAAUGUUCUGAUUGCGGGAAAAGUUUCUGUGAUAAUUCCAGCCUGGUGAAACACCAGAGGAUUCACACAGGAGAGAACCUCUUUGAAUGUCCUGAUUGCGGGAAAUGUUUUUGUGAUAAUUCCAGCCUGGUGAGACACCAGAGGACUCACACAGGAGAGAAGCCCUUUGAAUGUCCUGAAUGUGGGAAAAGUUUCAGUUUGAAUUCCAGCCUGGUGACACACCAGAGGACUCACACAGGAGAGAAACCAUAUGAGUGUCCAGAAUGUGGGAAAGAUUUCAGUACUAGAUCUAAUCUUAUAAAACAUGUACUUAUACACACUGGUGAGGAACCAUGUGAGUGUUCCGAGUGUGGAUGUUGCUUUAGGAGACAUUCCACCCUUAUUGCACACAAGAAAACGCACACAAGGCCCGAAGUGAUUAGUGUAGAGAAGGUUUGAACUUCAUUUCUAAUGUUCCAUUGCAAGUCCAGUUGAGAAAUUUACUGUUUAAUUUGACUACAAAGAAUUGGCCUAACUUUUUGUAGAAAAGCAUGUAAUGGUAUUAGAUGGGAAGGAGGAAAGAAAAAAUUGCAAGAUAAUAAUUUUAUAAUGCCUAUCUGGCUAUCAGCAGCAGAAGUUGCUGGAUACGAUUAAUCCUCGGGUUACAAAUGCAAUGCAGCCUGCCCAUUCCAUCCGUAAGUUAAGAAUGCGUGGGAGUGAAUCUCAUAGAUUGAAUGACAUCACUCCCUGCUUCCUCUCUUGCAUUUGUGCUUUCUUGCCCCAGAGCAGCCUGACAAGGCCUUCGAUACCAGGAAAGCAACCCCAAGAAGCUGCUCAUGGCCUCUCGAGGCUACUUU